AUGGCUCCAAAUUUGGGCAUAAAUGAGAACCGAAGAAAUUUUAGGCAAUUGAACCAAUCACCAACCUAUUCAGGAGGCCACCUGCACACGUCGAGUUCCUCAUUAAAAAUUCCUUUAUCGCAACACAACAGUCUACAGAUAACCAUGAUCACUGUCGGAAGCAAAAAUGGAAAUAAAUGUUUAGUGUCAUUGUCCAAUGAACAACUAUCAUCGGAUCGACCUUUGUAUCACUCAAAAAUUAAUUUAAUGUUUUGCACUGGGGCGACAGGAACUGCAGAAACUGCAGGUUGGAUCAAGCAUGCCACCCUCAUAAAUAACUGUUACCCGGUUGGCCCUGAAGAAAAAGGCCCCCGAUCAAACGAACUUUCUUACCUCAUAUUUUACGCAAAUUCAAAGCCGGCAAAGCUUACAAAGUGCGGUGUCUACCUGGAUAAAAGGGUUUCCACCGACGUCCGCAAGCGAAGAAAGCAGGACACAGAUAUAUCGUUGCAAAUCAUCAAAGCUCUUCUGGAAGAAUGUAAUAGCAACCUGAACUUAUUUUCAAAGAAUGUUCUCAAAAUUAUUUCGGCUUCACUAAGCACAAAUGAUAUUGAUGUGAUUGCUCGUGCUGCCUCGGUGUUCAUCACCUUCUGCUCGUACCAUGACGGCUCCACUCUUGGUGUUGAUGUGGAAUUCACACAGAUUUAUGAAGAUCUAAUAUCAUCAUUUGCUCAAUACGCAAUGUGCAAGGAUCAUAACACCACAAUCGAGCAGAGGUAUCGGUCUAUUGGGCUUCAUGCUCUUCGGGCGACCGCUACAUCUAAUGCUUUGUACACAACAAAUGCUCGAACGCAGUUGCAACACAUCAUUCCGGCGAUAUUAUAUAAUUUAACUGAUGGGUUAGAAACUCUACAAGAGGCAGAUCUGAAUCCUGUCAAUGAUGAGCCUAUCCCACAAUCACGUCGAUUUUCCCUUAGUGUCACCACCAUUUCGUUAGAGGAAAACACAAUUCUGGCGUACCAUUGCUUGAAAGAAUUAUUUGAAAAGUCUGAUCCUUCCAAC